AUCUGUGUGUAAGAUCCUGGGCACGUUUUUUUAGAUGAGUUUUGAGCCGGUAUAAAUAGCAAAUAUGAGUCUACUAUGGCUUCAGUGUGUGGUGGACUCUCAUGGUGGCAGCUUCCUCCUGGAUUGUAAUUAUGAAAUUGGUCAUCUUCGCCGCUUUAGUAGCGGCGUGCUGUGCCGCUGAGCUCGACCGAACAUACCUGCCGCCCGCCUCCGCACAAACCGACGAGCGCAAAGUCCCGACACUCUUCAACUCUCUGCUGAACGUCAACAACGUCAACUAUCUACUCCCAGGACUACCAGCGCCCUUCCCAAGGACCAACGAGAACAUCCCCCAGGGAGUGCCUGUGGGCAGCUACGAGAAUGACCACCAGGGAGUAGUGGUGGAGGCCGCGGCCCCCGGGACGAGGGCGUCCAACCAACCGACCGGCCUCGGCGGCUCCAGGGAUAACUACGGUUCAACCGAUUCCAAAGUAGGAGCGGCUGCGUUCAGAGGAACUAAAAAUGACAACAAGCCCACAAACGGGAACAGAUCUCCCCAAGGACCCAAACAAACUGCAGGGCAAAAUUCCGAGGAUGACUUCAAACUAAUAAAAGACACCAUAUCGCCCAUAAAAUUCCGUGUAAAUCCCAAGGACAAAUCCACCAGUUACUCUUACGGGUUCGAAACUGAGAACGGUAUUAAAAUAGCUGCAGGUGGCGCAGGUGGGGAAAGGUCGGGGAUGAGAUCCGAGGGCAGCUUCUCGUACGUGGGCGACGACGGGAAGGUGUACGCCAUCACCUACACGGCCGACAAGGGCGGAUUCCGCCCCCAGGGCGCGCACCUGCCCACGCCGCCGCCCGUGCCCGCUGAGAUCGCCGAGUCCUUGCAACAGAACGCCGAGGACGAAGCCAACGGGAUAUUUGACGAUGGCUCUUACGACGCUCAGAAGUACAAUGCGGAGGAGGAUUACACUCAAAGUGACGCUAAUGGAGAUUAUAACGACAGACAAUCGAAUCAAUUUGGUGUACGGCCUGGAUUCGGUGCCGGUAUUGACACACACAUUAAUCAAGCGUAUCAAGGCUUUGUCAGCCCAAAUGUUCAAGGUCAAUUCAGUCCGUACUUCUCGGCACCUGCAGGCGCCACCUUUACAUCAGGUGGUACUAGAUUUGGUGAUAUAAAACCGUGGGAUAAAUUGCCAUUCCAAUUUAGGCAGCCCGCAUUAAACUUCGGUAGUAAUGCGUUCAUCAAUCAAGGUCAGCAAGGCUUCUUGCGACCAACCGUUCAAGGACAGUUGCAUAAUGCUUUUGGAUCACAGUUCCAAUAUUUACCCCCUAUAAAUGUUCAGGAUUCAAAACCUUUCCAAGGGAACGUUAUUAAUAACUUUAAAAAACAACCGUCAUUUUUAGGGCAAAAUGUGCAAAUUCAGACAUCUGAAGGUCAGUCAUCUCAAUCCCAAUAUUUACCUCCUAAAAACGCGAAUGUUCAGAAUUUAAAACCAUUUCAAGAAAAGAAUUCCUCUAGAGACGUCGUUAAUAAUAACUUUAACAACGCCCCGUCAUUUUCAGAGCAAAACAUGCAAAAUCAGGCAUAUGCUGGAAAACCAUUUACAACCCAAAUAAAACCAAGUUCUUCUGAAGCAGCUACUGCUGGUCAAGGGUUUCAAAACACUCAAGUAAUACCAUUGAAUCAAGACUCUUCUGGUUUAAAUAGUCCUUAUAAUAAUGUAAACGCUCCUCAAGAACAAAUUUUCCAGAGCGGUUCAUUAAUUCCUGACAAAGAUUCAUUAUCUUUACUAUCUCCUAAUAUUAAUAAUAAAAUUAUGUUUAACCAAGAAAAAAUAAAGAAUCCUCAAAGUCAAGGCACAAAUGGUCAAACAAUUUUGCCAAAUUCAGGUGAGAGUAAAGACGAAAACACAAAUACGGACUUUAGUAACGUAUUCAGUUUCAGUAGUUCCACUCAAGCUUUACCAACUAAACAGCCAGAACUCUCUCUUACUACCCCGCUUGAAAAUCAGCAGGUACAAACCAAUAGUGCUUUCUCAGAACUUGGUGCAACAUUUAUUGAUCCUCAACCACAAAAGCCUAAUUCUGUUAACUUUGGCAACGCACAAUCUUUCUUAUCCAAUAAUUAUAAUCAGCAGACAAGUGGUCAUUAUAGUAGUUCUCUUCCUGAGCAAUCUCAGGGCCCUGACAGUUCUUACGUUUACAAUAAACCGAUAAAGCCAUUCAACUCACUGCUACCUCAACCAAAUUCAAAUACAGUUUCCAGUGUAUUUCCUAGUCAAUUUAAUAGCGCAACGAAACCAAUUGAGUCUAUACCUGUAAAUAGACCUGAUAGCUCUUUAAUUUCCACUCCAUAUGAAGGUUCGACUGGAUCUACCAAAUAUCCUCAACCAACUUUGAAUCCGAUUUCGCCUACUAUAGCAACAUCCAAAGAAAAGGAGCCUAUCUUCCAAAGUAAUGGUGCCACUCAGGUUUCAAUAUCAUCUUUACCAUUUAUUACACCAACAUCUCCAUCACAAACUACGUAUUCGAGCGAAAUUUAUGAAUACACUAAACCAGAUCAAGGGUUACCAAUUUCAAAUCAAGAAAAAAAUACACCUAACUCGGAAAAUAUAUCAGAAAAAGAAGAAAAACCUACAAGACCACAAUUUAAUGAACAGUCUAAUACACAAUUUGGUCAACGAUUUCCAACACCUAGUUCCUUGAUAUUCGGUCAACAAACGAUACCGUCUCGUUUCGGUAUUCAAACUGGCUCAUCAUUUGGAAGUAAGCCUAUUGUUCAACAACAAUUUGGGCUCCAGGAAACUUCUAAAGUGGAGGAGACCCUCACUAAAGACAUGCAGACAAGUUUCGCACUAAAACCAGUUCAUAAAGAAUUAGGUUCUCAGACAAGUUUUUCUUUUGGAACACAAUCCACACCACCUAACUUAAGCACGCAGAUAGUAAAUCAACAAACGACACAACCAGAAUCUGCUGUUCAAACAAGCUCAAUCUUCAGUGCAGUUACAAGUACAUCGUUUGAUGGACAAAGUAUACCUCCACGAUUUGGGGAUCAGGCAAACUCACUAUUAGGACCAAGGCCUACGCAAAGACAACCAGUCGAUCAGACAAAUGUUCCUUUUGGAUCUCAAACAACACCGUCGCAUACAUCUAGUAUAUCAUUUAAUCAAGGAAAGACACCAUCGUACAGCAGCUUAUCAUUCGGCACACCGUCACGAUUUGGCGCUCAGACUAGCUCAGUACUUGGACCUAAACCCAUUCAGUCACAAUUAACAGAACAAUCUAUCAACCCAUUUGGAUUACAAACAACGCCAUCCUCUAGUGUUAAACAAACAAGCACGUCACUUACACAACAAAAUUCAGCUUUGUUUUUUGGUAGUAGCUCAUUAUCUGGAACGCAGUCGCGAUUUGGAACUCAAACAAGCUUAACAACUGGACAAAAACCUACUCAGUCACAAUUAACUUUGCCAACUAAUUUAAUAUUUGGGUCAAAAACAAAACCAACUCGUUUGGAUGAACAAACCAGCUCAACAUUUGGGCAAAAGUUAAAUCAACAAGCAUCUUGUGGUGUAUGCGGCUUUUCGUCUGGCUUGAAAAUUUCACCAUCACGUUUUGUUGCACAAACAGGUACAUCACUAAAUCAACAAACGACACCAUCACCUUUUAGUAUUCCAUCGCGUUUCGGCGUGCAGGCAACCUUCGGUCAAAAACCCUCCCAAUCACCACUUGGUGCACAGAGCAUAACACCAUCUCGAUUUGGAACACGACCAAGUACAUCAUUUGGACAGCAUACAACACCUUCUAGAACUGGUAUACAAUCAAGUUCAACAUUUGGACAACAAUCUUCUUCACCCAUUUUCGGAGUUCAAACUAGUACAUUAUUUGGUCAAAAAACAACGCCACCAGCAUUUAAUGUUCAAACUAGUCAAACAUCAUAUUUCGGAAAACAAACAACAGCAUCACCUUUUGGUAUACCAACCAGCACUACAUUUGGACAGAAAAUACCACAGUUUGACGAGUACCCGUCUGAACAACAAUCAAAAGAUCAAUUUGGUAAUGAACAACAACAAAAUGAAAACUUUUCAGGACCAAAACAACAAAAUCAAUCUCAAAAAAUAAAUGAAAAAUUUGAAAUCCAAUCUUAUCCCAAGCCAACGACUAUUUCUCAGAAAGAAACAAUUGGUAGUGGUGAAAUCUACCAAUACAACAAACCAACUACACACUUUGCAGCUAGUGCAGGAAUCGUUCCGUCUAAAAUUUUUUCACAACAGUCUUUGUUCAAUGGUCCAUUAGACCAGCAAAAUAAUAAUAUUACUAAAAAAGAAGAAGAUGGAGCAACUUCUGGCCAAUCAGUAAAUCAACCUCAAGAACAAUUCGGUAAUAACCACUCAUUCCAAAUCGGCACGAAACCUAAUAUACAAUUAGGACUACAAACCGAACUAAUAACAGCUCAAAAACCACAUGUCAUCACACAGUUUGACCAACAGUCUACUACACAAUCCGAUCAAGAAACUUUCUCUAUCCCAGCGCAAAACUAUGGUUCUAGUCAAUCGAAUGUGCAGUCUCAAGUGUCGUUAUUUCCACGUUUUCCGGAACAAGAAAAACAAGAGGUAACUAAUGUACCUUUGGCCGAUAAUGAGUCCACGCAAUUUGUUGCACCCACAAGUCCAUCAGAACAAAACAACGAGAGUAAAGAAAUUACAAAUCCUCAAUUAACUUCAACCAGCCCAGACAAUACUGAAUUAAAUUCACAGAGUACUGUCGGUUUACAAAACAAAGAUCAGCAAUCGAAUACUCAAUCAGGUGAAAUAUACCAAUAUAAUAAACCCUCUCAGUCUUUACCUGUCCCGUCACUGUUAGCGAACAAUCGAUUCGGGCAAAACACACAGCAACCACAAUUUCCAGGGCAGUCUGAUGAAAUACAAAUAGACACAACAAAACCAAUCACUUCAUAUUCUUAUUCUCACAGAAUAACGAAAAGUUCAACUCAAACCAAUUGCCAACACAAAGUUCUGGUCAACAAUCAGAACUAACUCAGGGCGCUCUAACAAGCUCAAAGCCGAGCGCUUCUCGUCCAUCGUUUUAUAGCGCGUGCUGUACUGGAUCAAUAUCUAAUAACGGCCAAGCAUCAUUCCCUGGAAAAGUUACUGAUACACGUUUGAAUGCUAAUUUUGGAAGCAAUAAAGUUUUCAAUAAAAACGAUAAUCAUGGUUCUAAUGGAAGUGGCCUGAAAGACAAUAAGUCGACAGGUUUCCAAGAUUUUGGAGUUCAAAAGGACACCCCUACGGAAAACGCUAAGGGGGAGGAAUUCGGUGGACCGCGAGACCCUCCGAGAUUCGAUGAAACGGGCUAUCAUUAUUAAAUACGACAUUAACUUAAUUAGUCUCUGUGAAUAAAUACUCGUAGCGAUUUAUUGAUAGCAGUACUUAAAAUAAUAAUUAACUAGGUAAGAACUUUCUACAACGUGAUAAAACACUAAAAGUGUUGUGAGUCUAAAUAUAAUAAAUAUAGUAAUAAGGUGUGUAAAUAAACUGUAAAGCUUCCAGAUUUGUUCCUUGACAAGUAAAAAAUAAAAAACUAAAUAAUU